AUGACCGAACCCUCUCAGAGAAGUGAAUAUGGCUGGGGUUUCGAGCCCAUAGUUGGCGGUUCCAACAAAGCUGGCACACUUCAAGGAGCAGAUAACUCUCAGGAACAAAGUCUUCACCACUCUGAGAAAUCAGUAAGGGAUUUAGUGAUCUCAAAACAGCAUGCAAGGGUAUUUCCCGUUCAAAACCGUCUAAUGGGACGUAUGGAAGACCAAUUGGUAAGGUGGAAGCGUCCCCCAUCUUCGCAUGUGGGAACAAUGCAGGUAAUCGAGGGCACGCAUCCUUUUCAACAGGACCAAACUUCUAUGGCGCAAACGUGGUGUCAGAUUAAGGAUGCGUUUUCCGUGAGAAUGCAAAAACUUAAUUCUGACGAUACUGACGAAGAAGACUUGGAAGACAUCAUAUUUUCAGAUCAAGGGAGCCCCGUAAACUGCCACAGCACUGGAAACGACAACAACAAUGAUAGCAGCAAUCGUGAUCAAUAUAAUGCCAAGACUUCGAAAACCACUAAUGCUGUCCCAGUCACUAUGAGAUUGCCCUCGCGGCAAGACGAUUUGACCAUCAAUAGCAGGUACACCUACCACUACCCGAUUCCACAAUACUACCUCUCGCAACAGGCAACAGGGUCAGAUGAAAACAGAGUGUCCACUACGUACAAUAAUAAUUCCAGGCAAGUUGAAGAGGGUGAUGAUUCCUUUAGCUACGCCAGUUGGCUUUGUUCUCCGUAUUAA